ACAGCAGUAAGUUAAGAAUUAAUUAUAAUUAUUACUAUGAUAAAGUGGACAUUUUGUUUUCAGUUAAAGUCCAUAGUAAUCCGUUGUUGAAAAGAAAUCUCUUGAUACUGUUUGGUGUGAUUGUCGCCAUUCUCGCCAUCGUGGGCCUGGUUGUUUUUGCUGCUAUUUACUCCUCAAAAGAAGACAGGAUACAUGCAUUCUCAGGACAAUUCGAGGUGAUCGAAACUUUUAACUCGAAGAUGGCGGAGUCAGAUUCAAAAGAGUUCCAAGGCUUCCAAAAAAGAUUUUGUGCCAACAUUGAGUCUGUUCUGAUUAGCAGUGUCAGCGCCAUACUCUGCGAAAUAAACAAUUUGAGCCCCGGCUCCAUUAUAGUGAACUUCAGUUUAGCGAUCAAACCACAAGAUUCCGUGAGUAUUAAUGAAACACACCAGCUACUUACCAGUCUCCUUCACGGCCCUCAGGUUGGAGUGAUGGCGGUCGAUCCUUCAAGAACCCACCUUGCAGCAAAUUUGACCAGAAACGUGACAGGCGACAGUUUUAAGACAUCGAAGCCUUCCAGCUGCUCAUCUGAUUCCCUACCCAUCAUGCAUCUGCCGUACACCUACCCGGACUACUGCGGAGACUAUCAGGUGUGCAUACAGGGCAAAGUAGUGAUGAAGAAAUGUCCUGAAGGAGAGGAGUUUGCCUUCACUUCAUCGGAUGCCACUGUGAUCUGUACCCCGCCCUCCAAUGCCACCUACUGCGGGAAGAAAAGAGAAGAAACGAUUGGAAACUGCAGUGCGGCACCAACCACAGCAUCGUCAGCAGUUAAGUUAAGAAAGAGAGAAAGAAAGAAAGGACCGAAAAAAAAAACAAUAAAGAAUCUGUUCAGCUGGACAAUUAUUAUUGAAGAUGUAGCUAUUGGACACAUUGGUAAUCAAAUAUUCUAGGAUGUGUUUUAGAAGACCUUGUGACUGAAAGUAAAGGGAAAUAAAAGAAGUGACAAACACCACAACAACAGCUGUAUCUCUUGAUGAUGUCGCUGUUAUUUUCUUUUUAUAGAUUGGCUACCUGUGUACACGUGUCCAAGCACGGAGAACAUCUACCUCCCUGCUGUUGACACCUACCCACACCACUGUGGGAAGUAUCAGGAAUGUGUGGAUGGAAGGAGUGUAGACAGGAAGUGCGCUGACGGAGCUCACUAUGUGUAUGGACGAACAAGGGAAUCUUGCAGGCAUCCUCAUGAUCCAGAAACUUUUUGUAACAAAAUGAAAACCUUUUUUAAUGUCACAGAGUAAACCACAAAUGUCAGGUGGGAUGUGUUGUUAGCAAAAAGUGGGUGUGUGUAUAUAUAUGUGUGUUUGUGUGUCUGUGUGUGUCUGAGAGAGAUAGCAUGAAAGUUUUUGCACUUGCAUACACUGUCAGGAACAGAAAGACUUUUGUUGAAGGUGGACUAAACAGCACCAGAGGCAAAACCUAAACAGGUGCCACAUGUAUAAAAAAUUAUGUGAGUCCCGAUGCAAGAUGUGAACCGAGGACUUUAAAUUCUCACUGCAGUGGUGACGCGGGCGUUGUACUACCACAGCACUGGACCGUCCUGUCUUCUACGAUUCUUAUUUUGUUUAAUGUGUGUAGCUCUAAAGAUUAAUACUGUUAAU